CAUAUGUAUUAUCCGACCUUGGCUUCAAGAAGAUUUUUCCGCUCUCAGAUCUGAAUACCCCCUGAAUACGGAAAGAAAUCUAGCGACAAUGAUGAUGAAAUUGACGAGCAUAAGAGCCACUAUUUCAAGACACAUCUCCCGCCGGGAGUAGAGACUUCGCCAGGGAGUCCACUCUUUCCACUGCUUAUUGGUCUCUAGUGGAUUCGCAGCUCAUCGAAAAGCCACGGUCUCCUGAAGUACUUAAUGUACAGUUUCCAUGCGCUCUACCAAUGUGCACUAUUUUUAAGUUAUCCCCCGUGGCAGCCUAGACUAGAUUAUCCAAAACCAUCCUUUAUAUUCUAUUAGUGGAAUUUGUAAAAAACGUCUCCCCAUUGUUUAAAAAUCGUUUCCAUGUUAUGGGAACCAUUACGACCGGACUUGAAAAGUGGGUAAAUCGGAGUAAGACGUGCAGCACAGAAAAAUAUUUCUUUUAUUUUCUUUUACUACAGAAAAUGAAUAAGUUUGAAGUAGCCUAGACCGUGUUUCAGUUCCCAACAAAAGUAUAAAAAAAAAUUUAGCAUGGCAACACCACCCAGAACACAAGAUCGUCACCCACGCAAAAACAUGGAGGUCGCUAUCACCAACACCACGGAUGCAGAGCGAAAAUUGGCACGAAAUGAUGGUGGUACAGGGAUAUCCAGUAUCAAAAUUGAUAUCACCGACAAUAGUUUUUUUCAAACUGCAACCUCUCUACCAGAGCCAAAAGCGCUGAAUACACAGAGCACACACUCCAACAAUUUAAAGCUGCAUCAUCAUCACGCUCAUGACAAUAUGCUAAUCGAUUCCAAUUUACACAACAACAUUCAACAUAAGCAUCUGCAUAUUGAACCGAACUUACAGGUGUCUAAUCAUUUGGAUAAAAUGUCCAUACGUUCGGUCAGUUCGGAGGAUGUCUCGACCACGGUGGAGGGUAAAUGUUGCAGUGCUGCUGCACGGAAUCCGGCAAUCAAAACGGGACGUCGCAUACAGCUGAUGCAAAUGAUAAUUUUGCCAUUCAUUCCAAUACUUGCAUUGAUUGUUCAAACAUCAGUUAUCCUGCAAGAAAUUCUCGACUACAGAGCAGAAGUAGCUGACAUUGAGACGCAGGUAACAAUAGCUACGAACUUGGGAAAAGUUGUUACCCGACUACAGCUGGAGAGAUCGGAAGUGUCCUUCUAUAUUUUCACAAAUGGCAAUAUAGAGAGAUCAAAUUUAACACGGAGAUUUGAAAUAACCGAUAACGCUUUGAAUAAUCUGACGACAUGGAAUGAGGUUAGUGUACCCACUUUACCAGAUGAAGAUGAAGACUUUGAGGUUAUGCUCAAUCGUACGGAAUUUCAAAAUCGCUUAAAUGAAUUCAGAGAUCGUGUGCGCUCUGAGCCCGAAGACAGUUCAAUAACGGAUGUUAUGAAUUGGUAUACGGCCAUUAAUCGGGCGCUACUCCAUCAUCUGACUGAACAAAUUAAAGAAACGGAUAACAGUGGCGUUUGGCGUUAUCUGCUUGGUUUCAAAAAUCUAUUAAAAAGUAUUGAAUGUCAGAAUAUUGCCGCCUCUUUUGGCACCAAAUACUAUGGACGCGGUUAUCUGGGCUUGGAGGCACUUGUUUCCUUCAUACGUUAUGAGUUUUUGUCUCGUGAACUCAUUAACUCUACGCUAAAUUAUGUGCCCAGUCUGAGACCAAUGUAUAUGAAUAUAACCAGAACCGACAAAUACAAGCGGCUGAAAGCAAUGAACUCAAAUGUUUUCAAAAACAAGCAAGGUGUAUCGGACGAACGAAAUGCUAUACAAUAUUACGAUGCCAUGCAUAAUUUUACAGAUGAUUUGCGAAUUUUACAGAAUGCACUGCGACACAAAAUCAAAGAAUAUGUCGACACAAACCUAUCUGAGGCAGCCAAUAAAGAGGCGGUAGGCAUAGCUAUCUUGGUCGUCGUUCUCUGCGUCUCUCCAAUCAUUAUAAUUUUAGUCAAGAAUGCUGCUGCUACCAUCCAGAUGUAUGCACUGAAUCUCGCUCAGAAAGCCAAAGAGUUGAAAAGGGAGAAACGUAAAAGUGAUUCACUACUAUUUCAAAUGCUGCCGCCCAGUGUUGCCAUGCAGCUAAAACAAACACAACAGGUACCCGCCGAAAUGUAUGAAGCCGUAACAGUUUACUUCAGCGACAUCGUCGGUUUCACAGAGAUGGCUGCAAGAUGUACACCUUUGGAGGUGGUCACCUUUCUGAACUCAAUUUAUCGGGUUUUUGAUGAGCGCAUUGAAUGCUAUGACGUUUAUAAAGUGGAGACCAUAGGUGACUCCUAUAUGGUAGCAUCAGGACUGCCAGUCAAAAAUGGCGAGAAGCAUGUUUCGGAAAUUGCCACAAUGGCGCUUGAUUUACUGGACGCAUCGUCCUUUUUCAAAAUACCACGUUCAACGGGAACUCUGCAAAUUCGUUGUGGCAUCCACACGGGGCCGGUGGUCGCCGGGAUUGUCGGCACGAAAAUGCCACGCUACUGUCUAUUUGGCGACACCGUGAAUACGGCGUCGCGCAUGGAGUCGACCGGUGAGUCACACAAAAUUCACAUCACGGAAGAAAUGAAUGAAGCACUGCAUAGGAUUGGUGGCUUUCGCACCGAACACCGUGGACUUAUUGAUGUGAAGGGUAAAGGUCUCAUGAGCACAUACUGGCUGACUUGCAAAGACGGUCCGGUGAAGGUUCGUUGUGAAGAGAUUUCCUGGUUCACAGACAUGCAACCGGUAUUUUUGGAAAAACUGAAGUCAGAACCUCUAUUAAAAAGCGAUAGCAAACGAAAAUAAGUCACCUGUUGUAGAUUUAUUCUACAUACAACCAUAUGUAUAAUUACAUACCUACAAAUUCAAAAAUAAAAUAGACAUACAGACAUUGUUCCAACAUGAAGUUUGUAAUAAUAAAAAU